CACACAUUCACAAUCUGGUUCAUGCGAGGAUAGGGACUGUCCCGGCCUGAACUCGACGUUACAAAUAGGAGCUGCGGCAUUCCAAGUGGAGCAGAGUGGAGGUGCGCCGCGCCGACGGUAAUAUUAAGUAACGACUGGAUGUGCACAGAGAGAGGGAGAGAAAGAGAGAGAGAGAGAGAGAGACGGGCAGGAGUUAAAGCGUGUGUCUUUGCCUCCUCGACUCCAAAACACGUUUGGAGACGCGUCAACGCGCACCGGCGGACCGAACGCAUCAUCCCGAGGUGGCACUGUUGCUGCGUCCUGACGCAUCCUGAGAGAUCACUGAGCACAGAGGCACUCUAAACUCCCAGCAGCAGUGAGGAAGGAUGUAUGAGGAGGAGUCCCAGGAGCUGAGGGGGCAGCAGGAGGCGGUGGUGCUCCACAACAUGGAGGCGCCCGCAGCGGCGUCUUCCAGCGCCGCCGCUCCGUCGAUGUCCUUCACGGACGAGGCCGUGUCCAUCCUGACGUCCAGCAGCAUGCUGGCCCGCUCCCUGCUGGGUCGCUCCACGCCCGUCAAGCGCAAGGAGAGCCCGGCGUCCAGCAUCCGGCGCAAGCGCGAGUUCAUCCCCGUGGACAAAAAGGACGACGGCUACUGGGACAAGAGGAGGAAGAACAACGAGGCGGCCAAGCGUUCGCGGGAGAAGCGGCGCAUGAACGACAUGGUGCUGGAGAGCCGCGUUCUGGCCCUGCUGGAGGAAAACGCUCGGCUCCGGGCCGAGCUGCUCGCCCUCAAGUUCCGCUUCGGCCUGGUGAAAGACCCCUCCAACGCCCCGAUCCUGCCCCUCACCGCCCCCCCACACCACAGCGCUCAGAGCCUGAGCCCUCAGUAUUACCUCCACAGAGGGGAGGGAAGCCCGCAGAGCGCCGUAGCACAACACCCCACCGGCCAGGCGGGCCAGCUGAGCAGCCGGGGCUGCCGGGACGGCGGGAACAUGUCCGAGGACUCGGGGUUCUCCACGCCGGGCGGCUCCAGCGUCGGGAGUCCGGUCUUCUUCGAGGACCGACUCAGCGAUCACGGGAAGCUGUCCCCUCACAGGGCGGAGGAGCUGGCCUACGACAUCCACCACUCCCCGGACGACGUCCACCACGCCAAGACGGAGCAGGCGGAGGCCAUGAAAAACCUCCCGCACAAGCUCCGGUUCAAGGUCCCUGGAAGCAGCGACGGGGGCGAUUCCGCGGUGGACGGCGGGGGCGGCGCCAGGCGCAGCCCCACGUUUUCCCCCGCGGGGCGAGACGGCCUCAGAGAGACCGUUAAGGGACUGAGCGGGGGCGACGCCGGGCACUGCGCCGGCUCCUGGCUCCAGCCGCUGGAGGCGGCGGCGGAGGCCCGGCGGGGGAGGCAGUCCCCGCAGUGUGGCGGUUCCGCUGCGGGCUACGGCCUCCAGCCGCCCCCCACGCAGGCGCCCGGCGAGGUCCAGCACGAGAACACGUACCUGAAGUCUCAGCUGUCCUCCCUCAGCGAGGAGGUGGCCCAGCUCAAGAAGCUUUUCACAGAGCAGCUCAUGGCCAAAACCAACUGAGGACCAGUGACUCACUCACUGUUUGCCAACGUCUAGACUCUUAAGGACAAACCGUUUCUGUCGGAGAAUCUCCGCUCUGCGGCAGCGGUGACGGAUCAUGCGGGUUUUCACAAGGAUCUUCAAAUCCGCCUGUGUUGUUUUUAACUUCAAAACCGUUGUACAAUAUUGUAAUAAACGUCUUUAAACGCUCAUCUCAUAAUCUGAUAACAGCUACCCGCUGUGGUGUUACUCAGUCUUACCUGUACUAGUGUUGGGUGAAUAAUUGCCUCCUUGUUCCACACACUGUGACGACUUUGAGAACUCACAACAUGUUUACAUCGGUUCGACGCGAGCUUGACGGCGUGCGGAGGCCCUGGGGACGGGUGUGUGUGUGGGUCUGUGUGUGUGUGUGUGUGUGUGGACCUACCGCACGAACUGUCCCUCCGCCAGGAACCGGACUGCGGACCUGCAGAGGCAGACAGCAAACACACACUCAGACGAACCCCAGAGCUUCUAAAAAGAGAAAAAAAAAGGAAGAAACGCUGCACAUCAGGUCGGACACACGAGUCACUGUAACUAACUGUCCUGCUGUGUGUUUCACGUCUCCACUCGGUCUGUU